AUGGAACCAACUCACCGCACACCUGAACUGCGCAAUCCAACGCUCAUACCAACACUACAAACAUAUGAUCCACGAACACGGGGACAAGUGUGGGAGACUAUUGGCGAACCUCCUGAAGCAACGCCAAACCAACUGUACAUUCCGAAGAUCAAAGACGCACACCAACAACUCAGACACCUGCCAGACCAGAUCUCGACAGCGUUCCACGACUACUACCAUGAAACAAAUCAAGAACUUCAGAGACCUCAAAGAGUUGAGGACAUACGCAGAUACCUAGACAUGGCAAAUAUACCAGGAAUAGAGGAGGUGGACCAGGAAGCCUUAGAGACCUCCAUAACACCCGAGGAACUGGCAUACGCCAUCAAAAAAGUGAAAACAGGCGGCGCACCGGGCUAUAAUACUAUAAAACCUUCGCACCGGACCUAUUACCGAAACUACUGA